CUUCUCAAGCGGUAGAGAGCUACAGCUAUAGGUAGAAAAGGGCCAGUUUUAUGCUGUCGUGCUGCGCAGCUCCGGACACGUCAGCGGCCGAGAUGCUUUCCGAAGAAGAAUUUCUUCGAAAGGAAGAACAGUUGCUCGAAGAGGAGAUCCGGGCCAUGGGGAUGGUCCACAUCUUGGGCGACCACCGCAUCGAUAUGGGCGAAGCCUUGAAGACAGAUCCAGCUUUGAGGCCACUGACGGAGGCCGAACUGGAUGCCUUGGUAGAGGCCGAGAUUGCCAGAAGUGGUGGACUCGAAGAGCCCGACUGGGGCGCCAUGCCAUGGAUGGAUGAGGGCAUGGAGCCCUUCCCGAACCAACAGCCGAUCCCCGCAGCGCCUGCAGUGCCAGAAGAUGCGCCAGUGGUGAAGGCUGUGCUGGUAGCACCGACAUACCAAAGCAGCAAGCACAGCAUGCCCAUGCUGGGCAACCUGGAAGUUCUCCUUGGAUCUGUUGGGGCCUUGGAGGACAUCCUGGUUGCAUUGCAGCAUGCAAAAGUCAGGACUCCAGAGCUGAAGAUCUUGACGGAUGCCAAGAAGUCCGGCGGCUGGCCUGUGGCACAUGAGGCACCCACCCGGAAGAACAUCCUGAAGUCCAUGCAGUGGCUGGUGCAAGAUGCCAAGUCCGGAGACAAUCUGCUUUUCUUCUUUGCAGGCCAUGCUGGACAGUUCCGAGACAUGGAUGGUGAUGAAGAGGAUGGUAAGGAUGAGCACAUUUGUCCCGUGAUUCAGGGUCAACAUCCCAAGUUCGCUGCUGCAUUCGAUGGCUCCUUGGAGAAAGAAGAAGCUGACGACCUGACGGGUCGUGGGAUCAGCGACGAUGAGAUUUUCGAUACGAUGUUGAAAGAUCUGCCCGAGGGAGUGCGCAUCACCACUAUCUUUGAUGCUUGUCAUAGUCAAACCAUGGCAGAUUUGGCACAUUCCUAUGAGGUGCGGGUGGAAGCGGACGAGAUGGCGCGUGCCAAACGACAGGAACCACCACCCCCUGGUUUCAACUUUGACAAACGUCCUUUGACGGUUUGUAAGGUGAAAGGCAAACCAUGUGCAGCCAGUGUCCUGUGCCUUGCAGGCUGCAAGGACCGUGAGACUCAACAAACAUGGUGUGACCAGAGCGGUCCAGGAAUGCGGGGAGCCUUCUUUCUCACCAACAUGUUGGCCAAGGCAAUCGCUGGCAUGCGCACUCCAAACCCCACUUAUGCCGAUGUCUUGCGGGAGAUCACGCGAGAUUUCUACCGGGGGAACAGGCUCAACAUGAGCAUUCCCAGUUUCUCCACCUCAUCCGCGGUUGACCUGGAUGCAAAGCCUUUCAGUCUAGUGGGACCACUCUGACUCUGAGCGUGGCUAUUGCAGCUUCCCAUGAUCAAAGGUCAAAGGAGAAGGUUGCCAGUUUCACCCAUUUGCUCGCAAGCCAGUGAUGAGAUAAUGGUAAAAUGUAACGAUGCGAAUGAUGAUCAUGGUGUUCUCAAAGCUCCCUAGCUUUAAGCAUCUCGAUUGGAGAUUUAGCGAUUGCCCCAGUUUUUGAGCCGGAAGUGAUUCUCUAGACUCUACUUGGUGGCUCAUCCC